AUGUCUAGCAUUUCAUUGAUCGACUCCGUCAUCGAUGAUGAUGAUGAGUUUUGCCCCCUGUGCAUUGAAGAGUUCGAUCUCUCCGAUAAGAACUUCAAACCGUGUCCUUGUGGAUAUCAGAUUUGCCAAUUCUGCUAUAACAAUAUUAAGACACAGAAUGAAGAAGGGAAAUGUCCUAACUGUCGGCGAAAAUAUGAUGAGAGUACGAUUCAGUACAAGAUCCCUGACGUUGAGGAAUUCAAAGCAGAUCUGGCUUUGAAACACCGCAAAGCAGCCGCAGCCAAAAAGAAGGAAGCCGAAAAGCGUGAAAUCGAGGCCUCCAGCCGAAAGAAUUUAGCCGGUGUCCGUGUGGUCCAAAAGAACUUGGUCUACGUUAUCGGCCUGAAUCCUACGAUCCGAGACGAGAAUCAACUGCUUCAAACCCUCCGUGGACGCGAAUAUUUCGGUCAAUAUGGCGAAAUUGAGAAAAUUGUGGUCAGCAAGGCCAAGCCCGGUGGCAACCCCAACCAAGGAAUUGGUGUUUAUGUGACUUUUUCACGCAAGGGCGAUGCCGCGAUGUGCAUUAACGCCGUGGAUGGUUCCGGAAAUGGCGAUCGAGUUCUCAGGGCGCAAUACGGAACAACCAAAUAUUGCUCCUCCUUCCUUCGGAAUGAGCAGUGCAACAAUCGGAACUGCACUUUCUUGCACGAGACUGGGGAGGAUAGUGAUAGCUACAGUCGCCAGGACCUCUCGUCUAUGAACACCAUUUCGACCCAACGCCCGAGCGUCCCACCCACCCCAUCUCACGUGAGAUCUGCUCAACCCAUCGCCCAUCCUAUGCGCCGGCAACCUAGCAAGGAUGACUCGAUUAGUGGUCGCUCAGGCAUACCAGACGGCCCCGCUCUCCCGUCAUCUGCCAGUUGGGCCAACAAGGAUGCCGCUAUCCACCGAGCUAGAAGGACUAGUCUGACUGGCAGCCAAGCGUCUAUCAGUAGCCCACGACCCGCCAGUGUCAAUGUUGCUACAUCCUUUGAAGAACCGAAACGAGUAGAAAAGCCUUCGCCAGUUUCCCAAGAAGCCCAGCAACCCGUCGCCCAAGUCCAACCUGAAUCUCCUGCCCCGCAGCCACGACCCCGCCGUGUGCCUCAACCUCCUAAGCCACCAUCACCAUUUGAGAGCCUGCUCAAGGAUAUCAACUCCUCCGAUUUUAGGUUCUCAUUCAGUACAGCUGAACUGACCACUGAGGAAGCCAAAUCAAUCAAAGAUUACCCCUCUUUCAUUGAUCCAUAUGGUGGCGUCAAGCGCAGAGCUAUGCGCGAGAAGGUCGAGCAAGAGCGUGUGAGCCGCGAGCAGGAGUUGCUCCAGUCGGUUGCUGCUGAGGAGGAUAGCCGUGAGGCUGGUAGUCUCCAACUUGGUGGUGAGCCCGAAGAAAUCAACCCUCCGCGCAGUCGCCAGACCCGGGAGUCUCACGGUGCUAUCCAACCCCCUUCACAGCAGGACACUGCAGAGAAUUCAACUGUCGGAUCCCCUGUCUCUGCGAAUAGCCAUCAAUUCCAAGGCUUAAACCUAGCCGGGCGAAGCUUAACACCCCUGCAGCAACAACAGUUGAUGCUACUCAAGUCCGCUGGUAAUCAACAGGCUGGUCUGGCUGAUCCUCUGAGCUCUGCCGCUCUCGACCAAGCCGCCCAAGUUCGCCAAGGCCUUGUGCACAGUCAGAUAGCACAGUUCAAUGCGCUGCAGGCAGCACAGAACCGACAGUCUUCCCGAUUCUCUUUCGCCAAUGAUGCCGGUUCCAAGAACAUGCCCAACGCACGCAUGCUGGGACAGAUGCAAUCAGCAUCUCCCAACGCUCUUUCUGCCCCAAGUCCUCAACAUAGUCUUGCAGCAAGCGGUUUCUAUGCCAGUGGUGUUCAGGGUCCCCCACCUGGCCUGAAGACGGGUGGCACUCCUUCGAUCAGCGGUGGUGGAAUGUUCGCUCAGGGACAUGGUUUCACAUCUGGGCUCAGUGUCAAUGGAGGAAAGCAGGACCCGACUCCGGAACUCAUGCGUGAGCUAUUGCGUGGACGAACUGGCACGAAUAUCGGAGGUUUACAGGGCCAGGAGGCGGCUAAGCGUGAGUUCAUGUUUCCUUUCCUUCAACAGCACAAUACCCCGCCCCCCAUGACUCCUGCCAAUGGCCUUCUCGGCUCCUUCUAUGGUCCCCCAGCAGGUGUAAUGCCUGAUUCUGGAGGUCCACAGAAGCAGAAGAAGAAGGGGAAGAAGCACAGACACGCUAACACUUCCUCCGGCGGAGGUGGUGUAGUAGAUCUUGCGGACCCGAGCAUUUUGCAAGCGAGGAUGCAUCAGAUCGGUGCCAAUGCUACUGCUGGGCAAGCGUUGUACGGGAGUCAGGGUCAAGUGAACGAAGAAUUCCCUCCUCUUGGAGAUCAAACGAAGGAUCGGCGCACCGUUGACAGCUUUGGCUUUCUGAAGUCUCAGUUGCCCAGCGAGUCAUCAGCGCGUGCAGGAACUCCAACUCUACCACCUGGACUUCCCUUACCCCACGCUCAUCCUUCGUCUGCUGUUUUUCAGGAACAACUCAGUUCUUCUAAACCGUCUUCUCCUGCGCCAAUGUUACCGCCUGGUUUGACAGCCGGUAUUUCGCGACUCAAUAGUCCAUCUCAGAGCCGCAUCAAUAGUCCCUCUUGUCCCUUGACUCCUGAACUCACUGUCGGGGGUCCUCUCACUUCUAACCGUGUGAAGGACGCUUCACAGAUUUCCUUUGGGUCACCCGUUCAAAAGACUGCAAGCAAAGCUCGCACUCAGCGCAAGAACGAGUUCAACAUUGGGGCGGAUUUCAAAGAUUCUCCUUCCAGGACGGUGAACCAGUCACAAGCUAGCUCCUCCGUCGCGAAAGGCAGUCCACUCGAGUUGGACAUCACCCUUGCUACUUCUGCCAAGAACGAGCAGGUACUGCGUCCCAGCUCUGUUUCUGCAAUCGGGUCACGUCCAGACACACCCCAAACUAUCGCUUCCCGCCCCUCUGACUCCCCUGCUCCUCGUCAAACCCGCAUUCUCCGUGUUGUAGACACACCUAAAACCGAAACUCCUCCCCUUAUGGCUCCCCCAUCUGUUCCCGCGUCCGUGGUUGGAGGUACCAAGUCUCGCUCCAGGAGACAGAGCAUAUCAUCCAUUAGCAUUCCCGAUACUCCUGCUGAUGUCGGAUCUGAAGCCGAUUACUAUGCUUCCACAUCCGCUUCUCGUGCAAACUCCCCUCCCGCAUCUUCUCGUAUCGGCUCUGCCCCCGUUCGCUCUAUGACCAAAAGCCAGGUUAAGAAGGAACGUAAGCAGAAGGCGAAGGAAGCCGAGGCGAAGAAGGUCGAAAUUCUAACUGUGAAUGAGGAACCUGUUCAGGCACCAAUCAUGGGGCGAAAGCGCAAGACCAAGAAGGCACCCACACCCACUGUGAGCACAGCCAAUGCACCCGCUGCUAGUGGUCCUGAAAAGUCCAGCCCUAUCAAAACUACCAGCGCCUCUCCAGUCAAGGCUGAAGCGAAGGCGGAUACCACGAAGAAGGCGAAAGUCAAGGAAGCCAAGCCUGUGAAGGAACCUAGUCCUCCUCCUGUCGAACAGCUACCCAUCCCGCAGGAAGUUCCUGUGGAGCCAUGGCGUUCCAACAACACCGUCGGGCAAUUGGUUAGGGAUGCCGAGACCUCCGGGAAAACAAUCAAGGAUCUUUUCGUGGAAAGAACCAAACCUCUGCAUGAGCUGCUCGCUGAGAUGCAUAAAUCUGGCGAACUGGACCUCAACAAGAGUUCACUCUUCAACCCUAGCAAUCUCAGUCAGCGCACCGACAUGAAAUGCACUGCGGAGGAUUAUGAUCUUCUCCAGCGCCCCACCGAACUGACCGAAGAGAAUCGCAAAGCCCUGCUCCGCGGUGAACCCGUUCGAAUCGGGGGUCAGGCUCUCAAGACCCGAUGCUUGAUCACGCCCCGCGGUUGUGUCAUGCGUCACCUCGAGCCCGAGGAGGAGGAUCGUUACCUUCAACUAGAGAAGAACAUGGCUGGUAUUUCCGAUCCAUUCAUGAUUGGAGACGAUGCAAGCAACCCCAGUGGCGGUCUGGAAGCCCUUUUCGCGAAUCCCGAAAAGUUCAAUAUCUGUUGGGUUGAUGAUAUGCCCACUCGCCUGGGCGCCACAUCCCCAUCCUCUUCUCUUGAAGCAGCAGAGUCUGUAAUCCCGCCGAACGUGCUCUCCGCCAUGGAAGCAGACAGCACCCGCAACCACGACUGGGCUGUCGCAAACUCGGCAGAAUUUCUCAAUACUACUCCUGCGGCCGUUCGUUCAUUUGCCGCAGUAACCGCUCAGCACAUGCUGGGCAACCCAGGCAUACUGGGUGCCAACCCUACUCUUGACGACGUUGCUGGCUUGACCAACGAGGAACUCAAGGAUCUCUCGGGUCGUUCUCAGAAGGACCUUGAGGUCACCCGGAAGGAGAUGGAUGCGCUGGACAAGAAAUUCGCAGCCCUUCUUCGACGCAACAAGAAACUUCAGCAGCAAGCAUUGAACUUUGCUGCUGGUUCGGAACUGUAA